UAAAGGAAUCAAAACUCAAAGCAAAGAAGGACUCAGAGAGAGAGAGAGAGAGAGAGAGAUGAGUAUGAAGAAGGUUUUGGUUGUGGGAGGCACAGGGUACUUGGGUCAGCAUCUGCUACAAGCCUAUGCUGAUACCAAUGGCAAUGGAAGUGACAACGCUUACGAUCUGGCAUUCACGCACCACUCAACUCCUCCUCCACAGCCUUUGUUGGAUGCCAUUUCUUCCUCCCUUGCUUUCUAUGUUGAUUUGAAAACCGGCAAUGGAUUUGAAGCCAUUUCCAACGCAUUUGGUCAGCCUGAUAUAGUUGUUAAUUGUGCUGCCAUCUCAGUGCCUCGUGCUUGUGAAAUUGAUCCUGCUGCUGCGCAUGCUAUUAACGUGCCAUCAUCUCUUGUAAAAUGGUUGCAAAGUUUUAAACAGAGCAGUACUCUUCUCAUCCAUCUCUCCACAGAUCAAGUUUAUGAAGGGGAGAAGUCCUUUUAUAAGGAAGAAGACAUUGCUGUUCCAGUUAAUGUAUAUGGAAAAACUAAACUGGCAGCAGAGCAGUUCAUUUCAGAAAAAUGCUCUAACUUUGCAAUUUUGAGAAGCAGUAUUAUCUACGGGCCACAAACAGUCUCACCUGUUCCAAAAUCUCUUCCUAUUCAGUGGAUUGAUGGCGCCCUUGCUAAAAGAGAAAAAAUGGACUUCUUUCAUGAUGAGUUCCGUUGUCCAAUUUAUGUUAAGGAUCUCGUAACUAUCAUACUAGCUUUAACAAGCCAAUGGAUAUCAGAGGGCAAGCAAAUGCAAUUGUUACUUAAUGUUGGGGGAACUGAUAGGGUAUCACGCGUUCAAAUGGCCGAGGCUGUUGCACAAUUUAGAGGGUAUGACACCUCAUUAAUCAAACCAGUGUCUGCCUCAUCGGUAUCUUUUCUUAUUUUUCAGGUUGACCGAGGUGUGAAGUCCCCAGCUGAUAUAUCUAUGGAUAUCACUAGAUUGGUUCAAACCCUAAGAUUUCAUCCUGUUUCAUUCAAAGAUGGUGUGAGAUUAACGCUUACAACUGGAGAUAAACAAUGAGGCAACAAGGAUGUCGAAAAAGGCUUCCUCAUUGGCAUUUGAGUGUUGUUGCCUAGCCUUAAAAGUAAAAUGUGCUCCCAAUAGCUCUUAUUACAUUUUACAUUGUUGUAAAAUAAGUCUAGGUAAAUUCUUGAAAAGGUCAAGUCAAGCCAAUUUGUUGGACCUUAUGGGAAUUAGAAAAUGAUAAGUAAUUAAUCAAGUCACAAAACCAAUCACCAAUUGUCAUUCAUCACUUUCCGCUUAGUCCAACAAGUUGGUUUGGCUUUCCAUCUCUGUCAUUCUCCCAAUAAAUUUUGAAAUGUUCAUUUUAU